AUGGUCUCUUCCCUGGACCCCAACUCCGUCAAAAUCUACACCGUCAACGGCGCCCCCGCCGGCUCCUCCUCUUCCCUCCCCGACUGGCUCACCCGCAAACGCGCCGUAAAAGCAAAAGGCAAACGCGCGAUCCGGGAGCACGUCGAGGGCUCCAUCGAGCUCAUCCAGCACUUUGAGUUUCCCGAGGCGAGUAAUAAGGUGAAGACGACGCGGGACGGGAAACAUGUGAUCGCGACGGGGACGUAUAAGCCGCAGAUGAGGGUGUGGGAUUUGGGACAGUUGAGUUUGAAGUUUGAGAGGCAUUCGGAUGCGGAGAAUGUGGAUUUUGAGAUCCUCUCCGACGACUGGACAAAAACGCUACACCUCCAAUCCGACCGCACCCUCGAACUGCACACCCAAGGCGGCCUGCACUACAAAACGCGCAUACCCCGCUUCGGCCGCGCAUUAGCAUACCACUACCCCUCCUGCGACGCCCUCCUCGGCGCGUCCGGAAACGAGGUCUAUCGGCUCAAUCUCGAGCAGGGCAGGUUUUUGAAUCCCCUGGUGUUGGGAGAGGGCGUGGAGGGCGUGAAUGCGAUAGACGUGAAUCCGGUGCAUGGGCUCUGGGCGUUUGGGAUCGACGGGAACGGCACCGUCGAAUUCUGGGAUCCGCGAUCGCGUAGCAGUGUCGGUACACUGCACCUGCCCCGCUCUCGUCUAGUCAACUCCAGUACGCUCUCGUCUUCGCUACUCCCCGGCGUCGACGACCCUUCUGGCGCGGGGAUGGCGGUAUCGGUAACGGCGCUCUCGUCGCGCUCAGACGGGCUCUCGUAUGCGGUCGGGACGUCGAGCGGACAUACGUUGCUUUAUGAUGUGAGAAGUCCGAGGGCGUAUGCGGUUAAGGAUCAGGGGUAUGGGUUGCCGGUGAAGAAGGUGGGCUGGGUGGAGGGCGGGGCGAGGAUGGCGGGGGAGGGGUUGGUGAUUAGUGCGGAUAGGAAGGUGGUGAAGAUUUGGGAUAGGGGGUCGCCAUCGACGAACUUCACCUCGCUAACACCCGCGAACGACUUAAACGACCUACAUCACGUCCCAGGCAGUGGCCUUCUCCUGACCGCGAACGAAGGCAUCCAGAUGACGACGUAUUAUAUACCGCAGCUUGGGCCGGCGCCGCGCUGGUGCUCCUUCCUUGAGAACCUGACGGAGGAGAUGGAGGAGGGCGCGGGCGGGACGAAGGGGGUUUAUGAGGAUUAUAAGUUUGUGUCGAGGGCGGAACUGUCUCAACUCGGUUUGGAUCACCUCAUCGGCACCGCCGCGCUCAAACCAUACAUGCACGGCCACUUCAUCUCGCUCAAGCUCUACGACGCCGCGCGCGUCAUUGCGAAUCCGUACGUGUAUGAAGAAGAGCGGGAGAAGGCGAUCAAGGCGAAGAUGGAGAAACUUGCCGAGGGGAGGAUUAGGGCGCCUAAGAACCAGAACCAGAAGAAGAAGGGUGGGGAGGAUGUGAAGGUGAAUAGGGCGUUGGCGGAGAAGAUUAGGAAGGAGAAGGAGAGGGCGAUGAAGGCUGCGGAGAGGAAGAAGAGGAGGAAGGGCGAGGCGGAUACGAUGGAGGUUGAUGGGAACGGCGAGGAAGAGGAGGAGGAGGAUAAUUUGUUGAACGAUCCAAGGUUCAGUGCGGUGUUUCAGGAUCCAGAAUAUCAGGUCGACGAGCGGAGCCGAGAGUUUGCGCUGCUCAAUCCUUCGACGGUCGCGCAGAAGGAUAACAAGCGGGUGGCGAGGGGAGGGAAGGAAGACAGUGAGAGCGAUAGUAGUGAGGAUGGGACUGGGAAGGGAUGGGGGAGAGGGAAGACGGCGGUGGAGGAGGAGGAGGAAGAGAGUGAGAAAGGGUCGUCGGAUGAGGAGGGCGAGAGUGACGAGGAUAGUAGUGAGGCUGGUGGUUCGUAUUUCUUUCUUCUUCAUUCGUGCUGUCACUCAAUGUUUUUAUGUUGUCAUAUAGACCUCGUGCCAGCGCAGAAUCGACCACAAGCACGACCACAAGGUGCGAAACCGUCCGUGCGCAUGGUCCCCCUUCGCACACAACAAGGCUCCUCCUCCCGCGCCCAAUCUUCCGCAGACGCAGCGUUCGGCCAACGUCGUCAGAGCUCAAAAGGCAAAUACGCAUCAUCCUCGCGCGACCACCAAGAACAGGUCGUGCACAAAGCGGACGGAGGAGUCGAGAUGUCCUGGGUUCCGUCCUCUCGAGCGAGCAAGAGUGGGGGUGGGGACGAUGACUGGGAUAUGGACGAAGGGCCGGGUAAGCAUAUCGGGAAGGCGGCGGUGCAGAGGCGGGAGGAUAAGAAGCGGGGUAUUGAGCGGUUCGGGGCGGGGAUGGAGAAGGGCGGGGGAGAGGGUGGGGAGGGAGGGGCGGACAAGGGGAGAGGUGGGCGGACGGAGAGGAGAAGGGAUGUGCGGAGUGGGAGUAAAAAUACAUUUAGGCGUAUGUAG